AUGGUGUUGCACAACAACAAAUGGGACAGGAAAGCCAAGUAUAAGUACUUGAAGAAGCACGGAUUGAAUAAAAAAGAUGAAUCUGGAACUUCCAAUGAAACUUCCUCUAAUACUACCUCUAAUAGCGAACUAGUAGGGGACUCAGAAGUGAAAGAUGAGAAUGCCACAGAGGAAACUCCUGAGCAAAGCUCUGAGACGAUAGACGGUGAGGAUUCAGAAGAUCCUGGUUUUGAUCCAAAAUAUGCCAGAAGGCCGAUGAUAGAUAAUUCAUACAGAUAUGGUUUGGAGUCUACAAACAGUAUCACUGUUCGUCAGGAUCCAGAAAUCGAACGGGAGAUGGAGUUGAAAAGGCAGCAAGAAGAACAGGAAAAGAUGGAACUGACUGAUAUGAUCAAGACUGCUCUACGAGACCAGGUAGAGCAUAUGCCUGCUGCCAAAACGAUCGAUGUUAACAAAAUGACGACAGAAGAUUUGCUAAACUGGCACCUGGGAGAUCAGUCCACAAAAAACAGUUCUAUCCAUCGUGAAUUUGAUCCAUCAGAGCAAGAAGAGUUUAAUAGGCUAGCACAAAAGAUUGCCAAAGUUAAGAUAAAGAACGAUCUGAAGGAAAAAUUUGGCAAAUCAAAACCGAAACCUUCUGGAAAAGUUCUCCAAUUGAACACUUCAAAUGACGGAUCCAAAUAUCAAAAGGCUCUACAAAAGGAGUUGGCAGAUCUUUCCUUCAAGGAGAAAUUCAGCGUAGCUACUGAGAUCAACGAUGAUCUGAGUGAGUUACUCGGCGAGAACAUUUUCGUUUCAGACUCUGUUUCAAGAGAUGAUGCGACCGAAGAUAUUGACGCGUUGUUGAAGGACAGCUCAGCUAAAAAGCCCGAAACAAUAGAGAGACAAAGCGUUGCGCCGACUUCUCAAAAGCUUAAUUCCAUCGAUCCCGAGGCCGAUAAAUUUCUCGAUGAUCUACUCGGCUAA